GGAGAAAUCAAAGAAAACUUCCAAGUAAAGGGAAACGCCAUUACAUCACAAGAAAUAUAAAAGACAAAAGGAAACAGACCCGAAUCAAGCAGAAGCGUCCAAAACCUUUGAGGAAGAAAAAACUAAGAAGACGGGGAAAACAUAGAAGACCUCAGAAGAAAGGGAAACACCAUUACAUCACACAAGAAAUACAAAAGACAAAAGGAAGAAGCCCCAAAUUAAGAAGUACCGUCCAAAACCGCCGAGAAAGAGAAAACUAAGAAGACGGGGAAAACAUAGAAGACCUCGGAAGAAAGGGAAACGCCAUUACAUCACAAGAAAUACAAAAGACAAAAUGAAAAAGCCCCAAAUUAAGAAAUACCGUGCAAAACCGCCGAGGAAAGAAACCCAAAUCAAAAAGGUCCGUGCAAAAAGUGUAAGGAUGAAAAAGCUGAGACGGCAGAGAAAACAACGAAAGCUUAAAAAGCAAGGGAAACAUCAUUACAUCAGAAGAAAUACAAAAUAUCAAAGGAAGAGACCCAAAGUCAAGAGGCAUCGUGCGAAACGUCCAAGGAUGAAACAUUCAAGAAGACGGAUAAAGCAAAUAAAUCUUCAAAAGAGGAAAAAAUCAAGUAGAAGGAGAAAGCAAAGAAAACUUCCAAGUAAAGGGAAACGACAUUACAUCACAAGAAAUAUAAAAGACAAAGGGAAACAGACCCGAAUCAAGCAGAAGCGUCCAAAACCUUUGAGGAAGAAAAAACUAAGAAGACGGGAAAAACAUAGAAGACAUCAGAAGAAAGGGAAACGCCAUUACAUCAUAAGAAGUACUAAAGACAAAAGGAAAAAGGCCCAAAUUAAGAAGUACCGUGCAAAACCGCCGAGAAAGAGAAAACUAAGAAGACGGAAAAAACAUAGAAAACCUCAGAAGAAAGGGAAACACCAUUACAUCAUAAGAAAUACAAAAGACAAAAGGAAAAAGGCCGAAAUUAAGAAGUACCGUGCAAAACCGCCGAAGAAGAGAAAACUAAGAAGACGGAAAAAACAUAGAAAACAUCAGAAGAAAGGGAAACACCAUUACAUCACAAGAAAUAAAAAAGAAAAAAGGGAAAGGCCCCAAAUCAAAAAGAACCAUGAAAAACCGCUGAGGAAGGGAAAACUAAAAAGACGGAGAAAACAAAGAAAAGCUCAGAAGAAAGGCAAACGCCAUUUUAUUACAAGAAAUACAAAAGACAAAAGGAGAAACCAUAGAAAACUCCAGAUGAAAGAGAAACACAAUUACAUCAUAACAAAUACAAAAGAUAAAGGGGAAAAGACUCAAAUCAAGAAGAACCGUGCAAAACUGCUAAGGAAGAACAAACUUAGAAGACGAAUAAAACAUAGAAAACUUCAGAAGGGAAAAAAUUCAAGUAAACUGAGAAAGCAAAGAAAACUCACGAGAAAUUCAAAAGAUAAAAAGAAAAGGGCCCAAAUCAAGAAAGAUCAUGUAAAAACUCUAAGGGGGAUAAAAUCAAGGAGAACGCUUGAGAGGAAGGGGAAACGCCAUAGCACCACAAAAAAUACAAAAGAUCAGAAGAAAAGGGCCAAGCUCAAGAAAAUCCAUCCAAAACGUCUAAAGAUGAAAAAGGAUGAAAGUCAGGGGAUGCAAAAAAAUCUUCAAAAGGAGAAACUUCAUCUUAAGAAAUCUAAACUACAUUACAAGACGAAGGAUACCGAAGGCCAAAGUGAAAAGGCCAAAAUUAAGAGGAAUCGUGUAAAACGUCCAAGGAAGAACACUAUCAAAAAGAGAAAGCUCGGAAAACUUCAAAAGAAAAGAAACCUCAAGGAGGGCCGCACCAAAGAUCACAAGAACAAGGUCCAAACUAAUAAAAAGAUACAAUUAAAAAAGUUAAAACAAUCAAAAGGAAAUAAACAAAUGAAAAAAUGGAAAAAAUUGAAGAAACAGAAACAGCCAAGGCAAAAUGCACGAAGUAAAAAUAGGAAACAAAUCAAACAAUCAGAAAGGAAACAAAUAAAGAAACAGAAAGAUCUGAGUAAAAAAACACAACUAAUUAAAAAUAAACGCGGCAAACAAUCUAGGAAAACACAACCAAUAAAGAGAUUGCAGAUGAGACAAAAGAGCAAAAUAGAUAAGAAGAAAAUGAGAAAGAAAAAAUUAAAGAAACAUACCGGACAAAGUGAAGAACUGUUUAAGAAGAAACGUAUACAUAUAUCAAAAGCAGAGAACAAAACGAUCACAUUGCAUGUGAAGAGAUUUCCAUUAAAACACCAUAUUGGUCCAACACUGUCAUCGAAAAAUAACAGAGGAAAACCGUUGAGAAAUCAUAAUAAACAAAGGAAAAAUGGGUCAAUUAAAAAGGAAAAUAUCAACAGCUCAAACAGAACCAAAGUACGGCGACAAAGAAAUGUUCCAACGGAAAAAGAGAGGCUAGCACUUUUGCAGAGACGAGAACGAAGAAGGAAAGCUCAGAUGGAAAAACGAAAACAAUUACGUAAAGAGAGAUAUAGACAAUGGAAGGAAUCUAAAAAUAGGAGAAAACAAAAGCAACCGUCAGCUAGCAUUCAACACUUACGAAACAAGAAACAACAGAUUCAAAAGAAACAAGCAGACAGAAAGAAACUUAUCCAACAAUUUUGGAUGGACCAACUGCGCAAGCAUAGACACCUGAAUCGAAAGAUACCAAGUGAUGAGGAGAAAAGUAUCGAACCAUCGGUUCUACAGACGAAGCUAGCAAUGAAAAAUAAUCCACGUGAACAAAAUGACAUCGAGGAAAGAAUUGCCGAAACUGAAUCGGAAAAGAUCGGGGGGACAUUGAAAAACGCCAAGCAUGAUUUGAAAAAGAAAGCUGAGACACACAAGAAGGACAAACAGAGACACGAGGUGGUAAAAGUUAGCAAAACGGAACAGAAAAGGAAGAAAUCAAAAAAUAUUCGCAACAAGUUAAGUAAGAAACCUCAGACACCAAAUAAAAAACGACACGAGCAAAGACGAGUUGAGGUGGAAAUCAAAAAAAUGCAUCCAGAAAGAAAGAAAUCAAAUGAUGUUCCAAAGGAGCCGAGUGUGAAAUCGAAGACACAUCAUAACAAUAUACACAAACAAAAACGCAUUGAAGUUAGAAUACACAAAACAGAUGCGGGGAGAAAUUCAAAAUAUAUAAUGAGUGAACCGAAUGAGAAACAUAAGAAACAUAAGGCGCAUAAUAACAAACUACACGAACAAAAACGUAUUGAAGUUAGAGUCCACAAAACACACCCUGAGAGAAAUUUGAAAAAUAAUCAGAAUGAGUCGAGUGAGAAAUCUAAGACACAUAAGAAAAAUCUACAUAAAUAUCAUAAGAACGGUAAAAUGGUUCACCAUACGCCAAGGAAAAACUGGAUGAGUUACGAUGGCGAAAGGAUUAUCUCCACACACAGUUCGGAACCAAAGACUAAACCAUAUGUACCAGAAGAAGCCAAGAGUCGACUUGAGAAAUUAAAAGACAACUAUGGAAGACCAAUACCAGUUCUUAACGUCAAAGAUCCUGUUCCAGUUCAUGACCUAAAGCAUCAUCGAAUCAAACAAGUCAUGUACAUUGAUAGCGAGAAUCGAAAAAUAUGGGAUGAAAAGACAGACCAGUGGCGUAAAACGAUGAUAUGCAUCGUUAUUGGCACAAUAGUUGGGGUCAUUCUCAUCCUUAUAGUUAUACUGAUAGCAGCCAAUUUAUGUAUUGAAAGAAACGAAGCAAGACGCCGUAGAGCUUUACUUGAGGGUGCAGGCUUAUGUUACAGUUGUAACAGGAAUAAUGCAUUGGAUAUAGCAAGGGCGGAGUUAUCUCAUGGCGACAAGGAGUCGUAUGAACAUCUACUUAGGGCACAGAGAAACAAGUCCAUGGGAAAAAGAGGGAGCACAUUAUUAUCAGACUCUGACUCUUAAUGUUAAAUGUAAUUUAUAAAAAGAUUAAUAUAUUAUAAGUUAUUGUAAAAAAAAUUAAGAUAAAAAGUUUGUUUAUGCAUUGAUGACAAGCGUGGACUUAGGAAUACAAAUUAGACUAUUAUAUGGCCGACGUAAAAAAUUGCUCCAUAGCAUUCACGAUUAGUCUCAUAACGAUAAGCCUCUUUGACUUUGAACUCUCACCUACUUCUUGAAAGAUUAACAGAUUUACAACAAGGU